AUGGAUUCUCUUAACUGUCCAAUCACGUGCGUUCUCUUUCGUGAUCCAGUCAUGGGAUCCGAUGGACACACAUAUGAACGAGAAAGCAUAAUUUUAUGGCUACAACAACAUGGUACAAGUCCUAUAACAAGGGAACCGAUGGCCAUUGACUCACUCCGCCCAAAUCAUAGUGUUCGUAAGAUGGUUGAAGAAUUUGCUGUGAUAUCGCAGAAAAAAGACUAUCAGUUCAUUCUCGAUGUCGAUGUACGCAGGACUGAAACACGUCCCUGGUUUCAGGCGUUCGGCAAGUCAAUUUAUAAGGCUGCAUGGGUUCAAAAACAAGGUCCACCAAUCGUUCUAAUGAAAAUCGAAGGUGCUAAAGCAAGUCGGGAAGCGUCAUUCUAUGUCAAACUUAGUUAUCAUCCAUACAUCGUGCGUACUUAUGGUUUCGUUAAAAGCGAUCCACAUUGCGUCAUGCUCGUGCAAGAAUAUGCAGAAAAGGGUGACCUUGGCGAACUUUUGAGAGAAAAUGAUUUUAAGCCGAACAGACGCGUUCUUAUGGAAAUAUUCACUCAAAUCAUAGAUGCCAUGAUUUGUUUGGCUGACAAUGGAAUUAUUCACGGUGAUUUGGCCUGCAGAAAUGUGCUCGUUUUUCGUUUCGAUGCAAAUGAUCCAGAAAAGAAUCUGGUAAAAUUGACCGAUUUUGGUCUUACUAAAGCAAGUGACCUAUUUUCCGUGGCCGCCAGUACAUCUCAAACAACGAUGACUAUCAUUCCUGUACGUUAUUGUGGACCUGAAGUUCUCCGAACAGGCGGUGAGCGAACUAGUUAUUCAGAGAAAUCUGAUGUUUAUUCGAUGGGUGUCUUGAUGUGGGAAGCUUGUUCGUAUGGAACACUUCCAUUCUCAUCUAUAACGGAUGAUAGUGAAGUGAAACGACGCAAACUUCGUGGUGAUCAACUGCCGAAGCCAGCAGUUUGCGACGAUGAUCUUUGGUCGGCUAUUUUGAAAUGCUGGAACAUGGAACCAGACGAGAGACCAUCAUUCAAAGAACUAAGACGUCAAAUGAUACGAUCAGUUCACGCAUUAGAUUCAACGUUGGAAAAUGAAGAUUUUAUGGUCGGAUCUGCUGGUCAAGCGAAAGAUAACAAUGAAUCUCUUGUUCUAUUUGUUUCACCCGCCAGAGUUCAAAAAUCAACAGGUUCAGUAUCAUCAAAUAUAUUUAUUCAACGUCCACUAAUUAAAUGGUCAUUAGUAUUUUUAUUUGGUUUAAUAAUAUUAACCGCAAUUUUUCAUAUGUUACAAAAGCAAUAUAAUAUCAUGGAUAAAUUCAAUUCUAACUUAAAUAUUAUUACGACUAAUUUGAAAAUAAAAACAGAAUAUUUAUCUUCGAAUAUAAUAAAUUUCCAAUCAUAUUCAGUAUCUUUAUUGAAUAUUUUUAUAUUUUUAAUUCGAUUUAAUUGGAUAGCUUUUUAUAUUGUUAUACAUGAAUUUUUAUUAUCUCAUAAUUACUUGUUAAGUUACACUGGAUAUUAUCAAUUCGUUAAACGAAAAGUUCAAAAUUGGUAUAGAAAUAGUAAUUUAAGAUAUGGCAUUAUAAGUUCUUUCAUUUUAAGUGGCCCAUUAUUAUUAGAAGUGUUUUUACUGUAUUCAACAAGAAUUUUUUAUCCUCUAUUGGCACCAUUUUUAUUUAUUAUUCAAUAUAAUUGGUUGAUUUUAAUUUUUAUUAUUGAUGGAAUUAUAAUCAAACAAAAAUAUUUUCCAAAUUUUACUAGAAAAUAUCAAGAAAUAAAAACAGACAUUGAUAAUUACCUUUUAUAUAAUCUUGAUACAAGAUAUACAGAAAUAAGACGACGAUUAAGUUAUUGGCAUACAAAUAAUAAUUUUGAAAAUAGAAUAACUCUUUUUGCAAUAUUAAUUGCUCCACUUAUUAUACAAACACUAUUUCUUUAUACUAUACCAAUUUCAAAGUUAUUUUUGUCUAUUUUAUGGAAAUUAUUAAUAUUUAUAAUACGUUAUGGUUGGUUAAUUUUAAUAAUUUUGAUAACUGAAUCGGUUUUUAUUGAACAUCAACAUUUUCCAAAAUAUAUUAAAUUAUAUAAUACUAUAAAAGAAAGUUUAAUUCAUUGGCGCAUGGAUAAUAAGUUUCGAAGUGUAGUUAUUCUGAUUUCUAUUGUUACCGGUCCAUUUAUAUUAGAAAUGUGUUUUAUAUGGUUUAUACCAAUGAUAAAAUUAGUUUUUUCUCUUUUAUGGAAAUUAUGUCAAUUAUUAAUUAUUUAUUGUUGGCCGAUAUUAAUAAUAAUUAUUAGUGAAAUUUUGAAAGAAAAUCAAAUAUUUUCAAGUUAUACAGAAAAAUAUGAAUCAAUAUCGAGAAAAAUUAAAAAUUGGAUUGGACAAAGUAAACUGAAAUUUAUGAUAGUUAUUAUUCCAAUCUUAAUUAUUCCAGCUUUAUUAGAACAUUGUAAAAUUCGAUCGAUAUCAAUAAGAGAGAUCUCUUUGUUUCUUUUCGUAAAAUUAUUUCUAUUCAUUAUUCAUUAUUGUUGGCUAAUAUUAAUAAUUGUGAUUAGUGCAAUUUUAAAAAAAUAUAAAAUAAUUCCAAGUUAUACAGAAAUAUUUGAUUCAUUCAUGCGCAAAAUCGAUUGUUGGACUGGACAGAGUGACUUAAAAUUUGGCAUAGUCUCUAUUUUGGUCUUAGGUUUUCCUGCUUUAUGCGAACAUUGUAAAAUUGGUUCGUUAUCAAUCAGAGAACUCUUUCUUUUUUUUUUGAUGAAAUCGUUUCUAAUAAUCAUUCGUUAUUGUUGGUUGGCAUUAAUAAUUAUUAUUAGUGCAAUUUUGAAAAAUCUUGAUAUGUUUCCAAAUUAUAUUGAAAAAUGCACUUUACUUGCUGAAAAACUUGAGCAUUGGGCUAAAAAUAGCACAUUAAGAGGCAUAGCUAUUUUUGCUUUUAUUUUAUUGACUCCCUUUACAUUAGAAAUGGCUUUUAUUUGGUUUUUACCAUUAAUAAAAUUACUCUUCUAUCUUUUAUGGAAACUAUUUUCGUUUUUAAUUCAUUACUUUUGGUGUGUAUUAUUAAUACUUAUUUGUGAAAUUUUAGAAGAAAGUGAUAUAUGUUCGAAUUAUAUGGGAAAAUAUAAAACAAUGAAACAACGAAUUGUUGAUUGGCAGAAACAAGAUCAAUUUAAAAUUAUGCUUACUAUAUUUUCAAUUGUAUUUGGUCCAUUUCUAUUAGAAAUGUUUUUGUUUUAUGGUUUAAAGAGUACAGUAACUCUAAUUAUGUUCCUUGUGAAAAAAACAUUUUUUUAUUUAACAAGUAUUUUUGUUUUUUAUUGUUUAUCACGCUGGAUUCAUCAUUAA